GCAUUUCCACUGUGACAAAAAGAAGAGGCCCAUUGACCAUUAGAGACCAGGGUGGACUUCCUUUAAAAUCCAAAACAGAGAAACAAAUAUGUAAACCAUCAGAGAGGCAACUAUAGAGCACAAAUAUUGUCAAGCAAUGGGGAAGACCACAUUGAGAACCGUCAUUGUCUGUGGUGAGCAAGUAUUUAUUAAUGUGUGUGGAUCUUGAAUUGUAGUAUCACUCUUAUGUACCUCAAACGAAUACAUAUGCGUGUGCAUGUGCGUGUGUGUGUGUUUUAGUAUCCACAGUGUAUAGUGCUCUAGGUUGUGUAGUGACAGGCCCAGACCAGAAGAAGGUUCCUGUGGGCUCUAGUGUUCGACUGUCCUGCGACCUCACUCAGUGUUUGAAAAGUCUGGGACAUCACCAAAUCAGUGCGGAGUGGGAGUUCAUUGACAAGGGCUCAAUGGAUAAAGCCCGGCACCAUCUCAUAUACCACUACCAUAACCAAACUGUCACCGUUGAACCCAGAGUGUCUCUGGUUGGGAACAUCUCUGAAGGUGACUUCUCGCUCCUGCUGCUGUCGGUGACAGUCCAACGUAGUGGCACCUACCUGUGUCGCCUGCGUUCUCCACAUGGCUUUUCAGACAUCCAUGAGAGUCACACACAGGUCACAGUGGUGGAGAGAUCAGGGCAGCACAGGAGUUUCCCAGGAGACCUCCAUAAACCUGGUGUAAACCAUCCUGAUUGGCUGUUGCCUCUCUGCUGCGUGCUUUUUUCACUCUUCCUGGUGGGCGGAGUCACAGUGGGAAUAUGCGUUUGUCGGAGGAGGUCACAGCGGCAACAAAACGACAAGUGUGACAUCCAGGUGAACGUAACACGCGGAGAAGACACACGGGAAGCCAAUGGAAACAAGGACACAAACUGCUAUGUCACGCUCCAGAGGCUCAGGGCCCCGCCCCCUCCCACACCCUCUAGAGGAGAGGGCAUCUACGUUACCAUGCACGGCACUCCCGCUGGGCCUUCAGGUGUCCAUUCCAAGCCCCAGACUCACCCCAGCAGAAAGACCCUCCCAGAGGAGUGGCGGCAACAGGAAAUACCCACAAAGCCCCAACACUGCCCUUGAACACCUCCAACCAACCCCUCCUCAGAAGACUCAGACACAGGGAACUGCUGUGUUGAGACUAUCAGCUCGGCGAUUUCAAAUCCACCAUUGUUCCUUUGCGCCAUUGCCGAAGAACCACUAUGUUUGGUUCAUUUCAAAAGGGGUGAAAAUCUUGUUACUUUGGAAGAGAAUCCAGAACCACCUAUAUCCAAAUUGAUCUCUGACACUAUAAUCAGAGUGAUUAUUGAAGUUAGGAAAAAGAAGAUUCCUAUAAUUUAGCGAUAUCAAGAUAACGUAUUACGAUUACUUAGAAGAUCCUUCCUUCUUGCUAAUAGUCCCCUGGGUGCAGAGGAGCCCUCUCAGCUCUUAAGUGUAACCUUAACAGAGAUUAAACAGUUAUUAUUGUUUGACCGGUAGGGAUUUUAAAAACAGGAAGUGGGGAGAGAGGUAAUUGUGCACAUGGUUUCAUCCACCAGCUGUAACACUCUGUAGCAAUUACCCGGGGGACAUCCCACAGGAUAUAUACAGGACAUUUGCAGGACAUUGCAUAGGACAUUCACAAACCAUGCACAGGACAAUCCAUUACAUGUGCCCUCCCUAUAGAUACUUUUUUGCAAGGGUGCGAUUUGUUUUUCCUAAGUUACUGUCUCGGUGUGAAGUUUGUAAGUUGUUUUUUUAUCGAUCAAAAAAAAAUCAAUCAAUCAACAAUGAUUUUACUAAAACUGUUGUUCAAAAGUGGCUUUCCUGUCUCGCACGUGGCAGUUCGAGAAAUAGGUAGAUACUUUCACUUCCACUUCUGUUGAGAUGCUAGAUUGUUUUUGUUUGAUUAUUCAACAAGCAUACCAUCGCUCUGUUAUUGGUAAGCUGAUUUGCUAUGUAACCGACUGGUGAGCAGCAUUUGAUGUAGCCUUUAAAAACAGGUCAUGUCACCAUCUGCAAUGACGUGACCACUACACAACGUGUCCUUUGCCUUUAGUCCCGGAGUGCUCCUCUCUCAAAGUUGUGGCUGAACGCUACACUUGUAGAUCAACAUUAUUGGGCAGCUCAGUUUCAAUACAGAUCAAUGGUCAAUGAUGCCCGUCGACAGCAGACUUGAAAAAGAUUGCAUUUCAAAAUCAUUACAACACUGGAUUGCGUAUCAUUACACCACUGGAUUGCACACCACUGGAUUGCAUAUCAUUACACCACUGGAUUGCGUAUCAUUACACCACUGGAUUGCACACCACUGGAUUGCAUAUCAUUACACCACUGGAUUGCGUAUCAUUACACCACUGGAUUGCACACCACUGGAUUGCAUAUCAUUACACCACUGGAUUGUGUAUCAUUACACCAAUGGAUUGCGUAUCAUUACACCAAUGGAUUGCGUAUCAUUACACCACUGGAUUGCACACCACUGGAUUGCAUAUCAUUACACCCCUGAUGGGGCAUGACUGCAGUUAACACGUUGUAUUGAAGUCUUAAAAGAUGCAAAUUAUGAUAGUACAUACAAAAAAAUGCAUCAUAUCAUCUUCCUAUCAAUCUCCUCCACUGUUUAUCUAAUGCUUACCCUUCCCUCUCUUUUUUUGCCUCUCUAUCUCUGCCCUUUUCCAGUGUGAUGUGUGAACGUCCUUGUUUAUUUACUUGUUUCUGCUCUAAAUCCUCUCGACUCAUCCCCUGAAUCCCCAGAAUGAUUGCGUUCUCAUCUAUGGUGAGGGUCUGUGCCAAAUGGCACCGCCUGCUGUCAAAUGCUGCCUUCUCUCAAAGGGCACACGAACAAACACACCAACUGCAAUCUGUUGGAAUGGCCAAACUAGAGCCGUGGAGUCCUUUACACUCAUAGUUACUACUGUGGUGGCACACCUGAGUACCCCUGUGGGUUUUGGGCUGUUUUUACUGUAGCAGGAGGAAUGUUCUACAAAGAAAGAUAGGGCUGUAUUUGACAAGAUUAGAUCCCAUCCUCAUGAUUUUUCCAUGAUUAAUUGCUCAUCCCUGUUUAUAUUUGUAUCACUUUCAUUUAAUCCUCUAUCUUCAGCAUUUCCCAUUAUGUUCCCGGCAGUAGCUAUUCGUGUCUGGCGCCAUUGUGCUUGACUGAUCAGUAAGGGGUUUAAUACCGAAAUCUCUCUUUUGUCGGUAUUGAUCUUUUCAUCCUCAUCCGUUCAUCCCACUCUUUCCCUGCCAUCUAUCUCUUCCCUUACUCCCUUGUGUUCUUCCUCCGUACCUAUUUGUUCCUGAACUUGCUAUUGAUGAACAGAAAGGGAGGGGUAAGGUCUUGCUGCGGGGAGCAGGUUGAAUAUUUUGUUCGUUUAGCUACCACGACCACUUCGUUCUUCACAUGAUCUUUUUCCCCAGACUUCCCAAACUCCUCCUCCCAGGAAACGGAGAGACAGUGCUCAUAAACACACCCGUUGCCUCUUUUACAUGUCUCUGUCCAUUCUAUGACCCCGUGUAGAGAUAUCACGAGUAAAAUGCUAAGAAUCACAUGACCUUAAUUGAAAGAUCAUCUAUAAUUUCCUCGGAAGCUUUCUGAUGUUAUAUCGGAGUUGCUCUCCUUGUGAGGUAAUAAACACGUGUCGACAGACAGCAAAGUGAACUCCUCUCAAUAGUUGCAAACAAAGACUUUAAUAAUGCUAAGCCUUUUAUAAUCCGAUUCAGCUCAGACUAAAAGGCCCUGAGGUCUGUUGUCCACAGGCUAUGCUGAAAUAUGGCCAGUAUUCAUUCAAACUGUGUUCUACCGGUGUGAAAGCGCAUCCUACCGCUGCACACUGAACUACCAAACAAUGCACCCUUUAAAGGGAAUUUCCCCAAUCUUCACGGAGAUCGUGUUCAUGGUGAACGAUGCGAAUGUCAGCUCAAGUGUGGAUGAGCUUUUAGAAGAGUCACCUGUGUGUCAAUCUGAACCACACAAG